AUGAUUCGAGCUGCCAAACGCACCUUGUCUCAGGCCUACCAGCUGAAAAGCAGCUUUAAGCGUAGCCUUAGUACUGCUAUCGAAAACGGUGACAAGGAAAUCACUCUUGCGCUGCCCGAAGAGGCUUUUGAGCUGUACCAUCUGGACAACGGUCCUGAUCUGGAUUUUAAAUUGACCAAACAACAGCUCUUGGAUAUGUACAGGGAGAUGGUUGUUAUCCGUCGUAUGGAGAUGGCUGCCGAUGCACUUUAUAAGGCGAAGGAGAUCCGUGGAUUCUGCCACUUGUCUACUGGCCAGGAAGCCAUUGCUGUCGGAAUCGAAUCCGCUAUUAAUAAAGAGGAUACUGUUAUCACCUCCUAUCGCUGCCAUGGGUUUGCAUAUAUGCGAGGUGCAUCAGUUGCUAGUAUUAUUGGAGAACUUCUGGGUAAGGCCAAUGGCUGCUCCAAAGGAAAAGGUGGAUCUAUGCACAUUUAUACUCCCAAUUUUUUCGGUGGUAAUGGCAUCGUCGGUGCUCAGGUUCCUCUAGGUCUUGGACUUGGUUUUGCCCACAAGUACCGUAAUGAAAAAUCUGCUUGCUUUACACUGUAUGGCGACGGCGCAGCCAAUCAGGGUCAAGUUUUUGAAGCCUAUAAUAUGGCUAAGCUCUGGGAUGUGCCGGUCGUGUUUGCUUGUGAGAAUAAUAAAUACGGUAUGGGCACAGCUGCUUCGCGUGCUUCUGCGUUAACUGACUAUUACAAGCGAGGGCAGUACAUUCCUGGUCUCAAAAUUAACGGUAUGGACGUUUUGAGCUGUUAUAUGGGCUCUGUGUUCGCCAAAAACUGGUGCAUCUCAGGAAAAGGGCCACUUGUUUUAGAGUACGAAACUUAUCGUUAUGGUGGUCACUCAAUGUCCGACCCCGGUACCACAUACCGCACCCGUGACGAGAUCAAACAGAUGCGCUCUCAUCACGAUCCUAUCAAUGGUUUGAAGGCGCGACUUCUCGAUCUUGAAGUCGCUACCGAACAAGAAAUCAAGUCCGUUGACAAAGAAGCUCGUGCUUUUGUUGAGUCGGAAAUUGAUGUUGCCCACAAAGCCGAAUUCCCUAAAGCGACUCCAGAAGUUCUCUUUGAGGAUGUCUACCUGAAAGGAAAUGAAAUUCCAAUGCUUCGUGGACGUAUCCCCUCCGAGAAUUUUUACUUUAAAUGA